CCUGUGCGCAUUCGUUGUUUGUGCACGGAUGAACGAAUUAGCAAACCCUCCCUUCCUUUUAUUUGCCAUUAUCCAAAUCAGUAAUUAUACAGUAAAUACUAAAGCCGGUCUGGGAACAUUACGCUUUAUUUCAUACACACACACACACACACACACACACACACACACACACACACACACACGAAUCCAGACCCCCUCCUCUUUAGAAAUGACGUACCGGCCCGCUACUGAUGUACAAACAAGGAUUGCACGCGGUUAUGGCUCCCAGAAAGCCGAUUAAGUCUAACAUGAAGAGUAUGGAAAGUGAGCUGCAGUGCCCGCUGUGUAAGGAGAUGGUGAAGCAGCCUGUGGUUCUGCCCUGCCUUCACAGCGUGUGCCUGGUGUGUGCCAGCGAGGUGCUGGUGCAGCAUGGGUACCCCGUCCCCGACCCCGUGACCUCUGAACCCUCCUCCCCCGCCUCCACCCCCCACACACGCAGCCCGCGGCAGGGCCGGCGCCCACUCCCCAAAACUGAGAGGCUGGACAGGGUCGUGCGAUCAGGUUUCGGUACGUACCCAGGGCGCCGGCGCAGGGAGGCCCCUCCCCUCUCGAUCCCGUUCCCCUGCCCCUCCUGCCAGUGUGACGUGGAGCUGGGAGAGCGGGGGCUGGCGGACUGCCUCCGGAACCUGACCCUGGAGCGGGUGGUGGAGCGCUACCGGCACACCGUGAGCUUGGGCAGCCCCCCCGUCAUGUGCCAGUUCUGCAAGAGCCCCCCCGCCCCCCUGGAGGCGACGAAGAGCUGCACGGACUGCCGGGCAAGCUUCUGCAACGAAUGCUUCAAGCUGUACCACCCCUGGGGCACCCCCCGUGCCCAACAUGAGUACAUGGCCCCCACGCUCACCUUCAGACCUAAGGUGUUGAUGUGCCCGGAGCACGAUCAGGAGAAGGUAUCGUUCUACUGUAAGUCGUGCCAGCGGCUCGUGUGCGCGCUGUGCAAGCUGCGCCGUGUCCACGCCGGGCACAAAGUCACCCCCGUCGCCAACGCCUACCAGGCACUCAAGGAGAAGCUGACGAAGGGGAUCAGCUAUAUUCUGGCCAAUCAGGAGCUGGUGCAGUCCCAGAUUGGACAGCUACAGGCACUGAUCACACAGACAGAGAUCAACAGCAGCUCUGCCCGAGAGGAGGCUGGCCACUGCCUGGGGGAGCUGUGCGCUGCCCUGGAGGAGAGGCAGGGGGCGCUGUUCCAGGCUCUGGAGGCGUCGCGCCAGCGGAGGGCAGCGGCGCUGGCAGCCCAGGUGUCGGAGAGGCAGGCACUGCUGGAGCACGCCGGGCUCCUCGCCUUCACACAGGAGGUGCUGAAGGAGACGGACCACUCCUGCUUCGUGCAGGCAGCCAAGCAGAUACACAACAGGAUGGUGAAGGCCACGGAGUCUCUCCAGAAUUUCUCCCCGUUGGUUGACUCCUCCUUCAAGCACUUCCAGCUGGACGUGAGCCAAGAGCUGAAACUACUGAGUGAGCUGAACUUCAUCCGCGCCCCCCUCGCUCCAGUGAUUGAUACCCAGCGCACUCUUGCCUAUGACCAUGUCUACCUGUGCUGGCGUCUGCCCGUGGACUCAGCGCCGGCAUGGCACUACACCGUGGAGUUCCGGCGUACCGAGCCGCGCGGGGCCAAACUGCCACGACUCUGGCGCCGCCUGGAGGAGGUGAGCGGAACAAGUGCCGUGAUUGAGAGGCUGGAGAUCGACUGCAUGUAUGUGCUGCGAGUCAAGGGCUUCAACAAGGCCGGCUUCGGAGAGUACAGCGAAGAGAUCUACCUGCACACCCCUCCCGCGCCAGUUCUGAAUUUCUUCCUGGAUGCUCGUUGGGGUUUCCAUGGCGACCGGCUCAUCCUAUCGAAGGACCAGCGGGCGGUGCGCAGCGUCCCGGGGGUCUCGCUGCUCCAGGCCGCCGAGCGCGCCCUCACUUCCUGUCACCUGACCUCCGACCUGCUGAUCGGGGACAUGGCGGUGACGCAGGGCCGGCACUACUGGGCAUGCUCGGUGGACCCCGGCUCCUACCUGGUAAAGGUGGGCGUGGGGCUGGAGGCGCGGCUGCAGGAGUGGUUCCACGUGCCACAGGACGUGGCCAGCCCGCGCUAUGAUCCAGACAGCGGUCAUGACAGCGGUGCUGAGGAUGCUGCGAUUGACUCCCCACCUCCCUUCUCCUUCCUCACGGUGGGGAUGGGAAAGGUCCUGCUGCCCCAGGGGGGGCCCUGCCCUUCGGGAGGGGGGGGCAGCAACGCCACCAGCCCGGGGGUCGGGCUCCAGCAGCCGGCUCCUCGGGACCACAGCUCCCAGUCCUCCCACCAGCCCCAGCAGCAGCCCUCCCAGUGCCUCACCGCGCCCCUGCCGUCUCGCCUGGGCGUCUGCCUGGACUUCGAGAAGGGGCGUGUCUCCUUCUACGAUGCCACCUCCCUCCGCCCCCUCUGGGAGGGGCCUGUGGAUUGCUCCGCCCCCGUCUGCCCCGCCUUCUCCUUCAUAGGGGGCGGGGCUCUGCAGGUGCAGGAGCUGGUAGCCAAUCGGAGCGCGGAACAGCAACAGAGCCGGAGGGUCACCAUCCAAUCACCUGUGACUAACUGAGGGGGCGGGGCAGUCAGAGGCCAAUGAGGGCUGGAGAGGAGGCAGGGGUUGUCACCGUGACUUAGCAACGGGAGCAAUUCCUUAGCAACGGGAGCAAUUCCUUAGCAACAGGAGCAAUUCCUUAGCCAUGCGAAAUGGUACUUUUACCCUUUUGAAAACUGUUCCGAGGAACACGUCAGAUCAUUUCAUUUCACCCCGGUUCUAGGUGUUUUUAUCGGGGCUAACAGCGAAGCCGCCCGUGCGAGUGUUUGAUAAGGCCUGGUUAAUUUAAUUUUUUUUUUAUAAAAGCGCAACCUCGGUUGGUUCUCCGGAGCGAAGAGGCGCUAGAAGAUCUGAACGCUUUCUUUCGCUGAGGAAGUCAGGCUGGAGGCCGCUGCUGGAGUCCGGGAGACAGGCUUGCAGUGGAAACGCUGGUCGCUGAACCCGUUUCAAGCUUCUUUCGCAGUUUCUCCUUCACCAUGUGAAAAGUGUGGGGUGAAGAACUGCAAAAUGACUGUGUAGAUUUACUAUGGUAAACUUUUACAAGGGAU